AUGCCAAAAUUUCCUACAGAAAAUAUGUGUUUUGUUUCAAUAACAAAGCUUAGCGUAUUAAUUUGUAUGUUUACAAUAACAUUUAUUGUAUCAGACGUUAUGCUUUCUGUUUUGUAUCGACGUUUAGUAAAUUAUGUACGUCAAGCUUCAUCGAGAGUCCAAGGCAAUCAAUCACAACAAAUGCGUCGCGAUUUGAUAGUGGUCCGACGUGUAGUAUUGCUAAAUGCUCAAUUAGCUCUUGUGGGCAUCCCAUCAUUGAUUUUUAUAAUAUUCACCAUUAUUCGUCCUGAUCUUUCACCAAUUAAAUGGAUGCGUCUUUUACUUCUGAAUACAAAUACAGCAUUGUGCCCUAUGCUCAUCGUUCUUUUCUGGAUUACGCCAAAUCUACGACAAAUUUUUGUUGAAUGUCGAAACAAAGCCAAAACAUAUAUAUCAAUCAGCACCAAUCGUGUCAGACCAGUGGCAGAAACCGGUCGAUUUUAA